AUGAAUAGAUUAUUCGGAACCAAAAAUACCGCUCCAAAGCCAUCCUUGAAUGAUGCAAUUAAAGGGAUAGACGAUCGAGUUAGCUCACUAGAUGUCAAGUUGAGCAAAAUCAACUCAGAGUUAUCAACUUACCAGCAAAAGAUAGCUAGAAUGCGUGACGGGCCAGGAAAAUCAUCGUUGAAACAGAAGGCCCUUAAGUUGCUAAGACAGAGGAAACAGAUUGAGGCUCAAAAGGAUCAGUUGGAGAACCAGUCGUGGAAUAUGUCUCAGGCAUCAAUGACGACGGAUAAUUUACAAAAUACAAUGGUGACCAUAAACGCUAUGAAGACUGCCAACAAGGAAUUGAAAAAGACGUAUGGAAAGAUUAAUAUCGAUGAACUUGAAAACUUGCAAGAUGAGAUGUUGGACAUAAUAGACAAAUCGAAUGAGUUGCAAGAAGCGCUUUCGACAAGCUAUGAUGUACCAGAAGAUGUAAGUGAAAGCGAAUUAGACGCCGAGUUGGAAGCUUUGGGUGAAGAGAUUGAUUUUGAAAAUGAGAUGGCUGAGAGUGGAAUAGGUGCCCCAAGCUAUUUGAACGAUGCAGAACCAGCAAAUGCGGAUAAACUCCCCACUUUUAUAGACGAAGAGCCGGAAAAGACUGAAAAGAUUGCAAAUUAA